AUGGGGGAUUUAUCUAAAUACUUUUCAGCAUCUUCAUCAUCCCAAAAAUCCACUCCAAAAAAACGACUGCAACCCUCCAAGCCUGUCAAGCCUGCCAAGCCUCCUGAAAAAAAGCAAAAAAUAGAAGUCUCUCUCAUAGAAGACCCCAAAAUUUCCCAAGAAUCUUCAAAAUCUGCUUUUGAUUCUCUCGAUCUCGCCAUGCAAGAUUCCGACGACGACAUGCCUAAAGAAAUUUCUCCUCCCAAAAUUUCCCUCAUAAAGCCUCCCCCAGAUUUUCUUUCCAAACGAAAAACCGUCAUCUCUAAACCCUCCUACAAAAUCCCUGAAAAUCUUCGUGAUAUAAAAAAACAUGGUGAAUCCCAGGCAAAAACCCAAAAAGUAACAGGCACCAAAGUCCAAAAAAAAAACCAAGACAUAAAGCCAGGACCAUUAACUGGUCAAACAAUCGUGAUUACUGGCAUUAUUUCUACAAUAGAAAGAGACGAACUAACUGAACUGUUAAGAAGUUACGGAUCAAGAGUCACAGGCUCAGUCAGCCGAAAAACUACCUGUCUAAUCCAUGGGCAAAAGCUUGAAGACGGUCGUCACUACACAGAAGGCAGAAAAUACAAAACAGCCAAAGAAUUCGGCAUCAAAAUUAUUGACGAAAAAGAGCUCCAAGAAAUGCUGUCCUUUUUAUUAGGCGCCAAUGAAGCUGCUUUACAAUUACAGAGCCCUCAGCCUACCAAUGAAAAUAAGCAGCCAAACUUGACCAUUCCAGACGCAAUUCCACCUCCUAUGAUACCAGUCGGUAACCAACUGUGGACUGACAAAUAUAAACCUAGCACUUUAAAAGAAAUUGUAGGAAAUACCCAAGCUAUUGAAAAACUAGUAAAUUGGCUUAAAGACUGACCAGACGUGAUUUUAAGAGAAAAUAAAAAAGAUAUCAGACCUGUAAAAGGAGGAAGAUUCGACCCUCAGCUCAAUGUAAAUGCAAGGGCUGCCUUAAUUUCAGGCCCUCCAGGCGUCGGCAAAACAACAGCAGCCCGACUUGUAGCAAAAGGUCUGAUGUACCAAGUAAUGGAAACCAACGCUAGCGACUUCCGCUCCCGAAAAGCCAUUUUAGACCCCUUAAAAAGCACCAGUGACUCCAAUAGCUUAACUCGUAAAGGAAACAUCGUAAAAUCCUGCCUCAUCAUGGACGAGGUCGAUGGGAUGUGUGCAGGUGAUCGUGGCGGUGCCUGAGCUUUAUUAGAAGUCAUAAAAGUCACCAAAAUCCCUAUAAUCUGCAUCUGCAAUGAGCGGCAAAGCCGCAAGCUAAAAUCCAUUGGAAAUAUUUCCUAUGACAUAAGGUUCCAAAAACCCAAUAAAUCUCAAAUAGUAAAGCGGAUACAAGCUAUUUUAAAUAAAGAAGGAAUGAACGUAGACUCUUCUGCCCUAGAGCAAGUAGUAGAAUCCUGUGGAAAUGAUAUAAGACAAGUAAUCACUGUCAUGGAAAUGUGAAGCAGAAACAGCCCGACUAUGAAUACAAUGCAGGCCAAAAAAGGCUUAAAAUCAAUCACAAAGGACCCUAUUUCGAUGAUUGGGAAUUUUGACGCUGGGGCGAAGCUGCUGAAUUGGAGGGAGACAAAAACGCUGAGACAUAGGGAAAAAAUGGACCUUUUUUUUGUGGAUUUUGAUUUAAUACCGCUGCUGAUACAUGAAAACUACUUGUCGGCUAUCGCGAUGGACAGCACUGCGAUAUAUAGGAUGGCUGAAGCUGCAGACUCUAUAGCAUUUUCUGAUUUAAUAUCUAGACAAAUGAGAAAUGGUAAUGAAUGAUCUCUGCUUCAGCAUUAUGGCCAAGCCGCCGCUAUAGAGCCUGGCGCAUUAACCGGCAAUGGUGUUCCCUUCCCCCGCUUUCCUGAGUGGUUCGGCAAGUUUUCUACCACCCGCAAAAACGAGCGUAUGCUUCGAAACAUCCGAUCCACCAUGGCUGGGCAUAUUUCAGGUGACAACGAAAGUGUCCUUAACGACUAUAUCCCUAUUAUCUACCAUUUAAUCAUGGAACCCUUAAAAAAACUCGAAAUUGAUGGUGUAGACGAAGCAGUCUCCCAAAUGUUCUUAUACAAUCUUAAUCCUGACAUGUUCAAAGAGCACCUCAUCCAGCUGCAAUUCGGCACCCCCACCUAUGAAGAAGAAUACAAAAACCUUUCCACCAAGCUAAAAUCCCAGCUUACCAAGUCUUACAAUUUAAUGCACAAAUCCUCAAUUGCCAAAAAGAAAAAGAAAAAAACAGGCGACAGGGCGGAAAAAGAUAAAUUUGACCCUGAAUUCGAAGACCCAGACCAGUCUGAAAAGUCAGCUGAAGAGUCAGAAGAAAGUGAAGAAGAAGUUAAAGGAAAAAUAAUUAAAAAGAAAAAAUAA